AUGACUGUAACAUUAGAACAAUUUGUUGCCGGAAAAGAAGAUAAUAAUAUUUCCAUUCAACGAAUAGCAGAAAUUCCAUCAAAAAAUAUAACAAUAACCUCAUACAGCGUAAAUAAAUCAUUACCUCACCUAAAUGAUACAAGACGAGCAUCAAAUGAUGCUGUUAUUUUCGAUAUCUUUCAUAAUGGACAACCAAUUGAAGCGGUAGUUGUUGGAAGUAAAAUAACACUUAGUUUCAUUCCAUACUACGCUAUUCCAUCAAUAUAUAUGAGUAUAAAGGGAUGCCAAGUUGAGCCAAUUGGAUCAAUUUAUGAAUGGGAACGUGAACCAUUAGCAAUAAUUAAGGAUGGUUGUCAAGCGGAUCACGUUGGUUUAGUAUGUCCACCGCAAAAAACUGAAUAUGGUAUACGAGUAAUUGCUGAAUCAUUUCGAUAUCAGACAACAUCAAAAGUACAAUAUUCCUGUCUUGUCAGGAUUUGUCCAUUUUCACCAUGUCCAUUGGAAACAUGUGAAGAAGUGGAAGGUUGUGGUAAUUCAAAUCUUUUAUCAAAUACCUUUGGAUUACGUAUCAAACGUCAUAUUACAAUUGAUGAUAUACGAGCAGCAUUAGUAGCAAAUCCUGAUUUACAACGGCAAAUACGAUUGAUGAAUCGAUUUGGUACACAAAGUCAAACAACAUCUGAAAUGCAACAACAGCUGAUAGAACUUAGUGGUGACCAUAUUGUUAAAAAACAAUUGGUUGUUGUUAAUUCUGAAGACGAAUUAAGAUACUAUGUACGGACAGGUGAUGUACCUUAA